AUGGGUGAUGAUCUAAAAAGAAAGAUACUCUUGCACAAUUUAAGCAGUAACAAUCCUAUUCUAGAGAAGUUAAAGGGUGGCCAGGAGCCAAACAGUAAUGAAGAAGGUUCUGAUUCUAUAGGUGACUUACCAUCAUUGAAAAACGAUUAUAAAAGACAAGAUAACAACUCUACCAACUGUACUUACAUCCCUCCUUCCCAAUGGAAUACAUACUUUCGAAGUAACGAACAUAUUAAGGUGCAAAGCAGAAACAUUGAGUUCAAUACAUACUACACAGUACCCUCGUCGAUAUUAGGUCCAUCUUUGCCAGUUUUUAUAUUCCACCAUGGUGCUGGUUCAUCAGGUCUUUCAUUUGCUAACCUGGCUAGAAACUUAGGAGAUCAAUUGAAUAAUAAUUGCUGUUGUCUUAGUUUCGAUGCUAGGGGCCAUGGCGGCACAAAGUUUAUAGAUGCAAAACAGGCUCAAAAUUACUUCAGAGAUGACUUUGUGGAUGACUUUCACACAUUAGUGGAAUAUUUUGUUUCUGAGAAAUUGAAACAUCUACCAACAGAGAAACUAUCUAUUAUUUUCAUUGGUCAUUCACUAGGAGGAAGCAUUUGCACUUUUACUUAUUCAAAGCUCAGUAUUGAACUAAAGAAGCAAGUAAUAGGUGUAGCUAUGUUUGAUAUAGUUGAAGAGGCUGCAACAUUGGCGUUGGAGAAAGUUAAUCAUUUUCUCCAGGUUACUCCGAAUAUGUUUAGUGGUUACGAAGAAGCCAUUGAUUGGCAUGUAAGCCAUGAACUAUCAAGACUAAGAGAAAGUGCAGAUAUUGCAAUUCCAGCGUUAUUUAAAUCAACAGAGUCCGGUAAAGUGGUAAGGAUUACAAACCUAGAAACUUUUCGACCAUUUUGGAGGACAUGGUUUAGCGAUCUCUCGAAAUCGUUUGUAUCACUACCAACAUGCAAAUUGCUUAUAUUGGCAGGUAACGAUAACCUUGAUAGAGAACUAAUAAUCGGACAAAUGCAGGGAAAGUAUCAAUUGGUUGUGUUUCAGGAUUCUGGUCAUUUUAUUCAGGAAGAUACGCCACGAAAGACUGCAUUAACUUUGGUUGAUUUUUGGAAACGAAACGACAAUAAAAACGUAGUAAUAAAGUCAAAUUGGGGCUCAUCAAAUAAGGUGUGA